ACGACCACUUUACGGCAGGGACCAUUUUCCACAUGGUCUCCGACCAGGCUACGGCCAGAGUGCGUGUUUGAGAUUCGGAGUGUACAAGAGAAUAAGUCACGUUACAUGCGCAGCUGGCACUUUAACAGGGACUGAAAUGGGUAAAAGUAAAACCACCAAAUUUAAACGGCCGCAGUUCAACGCUGUUGGACUGCCGGUGAAUGCUGUGAAGGAGGUGGACGCUGAGGAAGAAGACGACGGUGGUGAUGGUUGUCCAGCUGCCGAGUUGUUGGAGAAAUUGCAGAGUCCCAGUGCAGAUGUGCGAGAGUUUGCAUGUGCCAGCAUUUCUCGGGUGGUGCAGCAGAGUCAGACCAUCCCAGGUUUCAUCCAGAGGGAUGCUGUGAGGCGCCUCGGGCCCAUGCUGCUGGACUGCAGCCUGGCUGUCAAGGAGACCGCCUCUGGAGCGCUCAGGAAUCUGAGUGCAUGUGGAGGUCAGGAGGUGUGCGAGGACAUGGUGAAGCACGACGUCAUGACUCCUCUGACAGCACUGCUUAGAGAGUGCUGUGCUGGUUUUGAGAGUGCUGCUGAACCGUUGAAAGACCAGAAGAAUGCAGUGGAAGAUGUAGCCAAUGAGGCUGUGAAUCUCCUGUGGAAUCUAUGUGAGAGCAGCAGCCAGGCGCUGUCUGUGUUCAACAGAGCAGGUCUCCUGGAUGUGGUCGUUCAGUGUCUGGAGAGACACCCACAGAACGUGGAGCUGGCCAUAUCUGCUGCCCACUGUUUGCACACUGUGACUGAGGACAACCCAGAGCUGCUGUGUAGCUUGAACACUGCUGUGCUUGGAGUCCUAGAGAAUGUGCUGCUGUCAUCUCAGCCAGGCAUGGCACACACUCUCCUCAGGACAUUGGCUGCAGGGACACUGUGGAACAUGAAGGGCAGUCUGCCUGCUGCCCGUCAGGCCCAGGCCCUCAACGCUGUGGUGGCCACCUUGUCACAGUGCCUGCAUCUGGACACAGGUACGCUGAUACCUGAACUGAGACAAGCCGAAGAGGUUCGUCACAGAAACACACCAGCCGCACCAGACGCAGAGGAGCAGGCUGCAGGAGAGCUCGGUGUGGAGGAGAUGGACGAGGAGGACGCACCUAAACACAAGAGGAGUGGAAAAGCUGCAAGAGCUGAUGGUGACUUCUCUGACCUCUUGCCUAGGGGCAAAGAGGAGCUGAGGGAGGCAACGGCCUUGCUGACAGCCCAGCAAACGUCCUUAGAGAUCAUCGUCAACAUGUGCUGCUCUGAUGAUCCUUCUGAUGACGAGUGGGAGGAGGAGUCGAGCAGUGAUGAAAGCGACAUGGGUCCGGAUGGCCUUUGUGAUGGAGUGUCCAGUCUUAUGUCUCCACUAUGUUUGUCAGCUGAGGUUCACGGGGCCUUAAUCAGCCACAGCAUCCCUGAAAAGGUCCUCAAAAAGACGGAAUUCCCCAGAAAGGAAGCCAUGGAUGUGUGCCAUCAGACUUCCUCCUGGAGAAGCCUGAUAAAAAAGAUGCAACGUGUGCAGUCACGGGCACUGACGUGCCUCCACAGCAUCCUCUCCACUAUGGACGCCGAGUCUCUGGGAGGAGCGGCAGCCCUGCAGGGAGCAGCACAGCACCUGUCCACGCUGGUGUUUGGUGCAGCAGAGAUGCCCAAAGAUGAGGAGUUCCUAGAGGCUGUCAUCAGCGCCAUGCGGUCCCUUUUACAGAUGAUCGCCUCCAAAAAUAUCCCCCAGUGUAUGACCCCCCAGCAGCUGAUGAGCCUGAGCGAAGCAGCCACCCGCUGUGAAGUUGUCAGUGUGAGGGUCAAUGCCGUCGCCAUUCUGGGCAUCACUGGCAGCACAUUAGCCAAAGAGAAGGGCACUGCUGAAAACCUUCAGAUGAUUGGAAACGCUUUACUUCAAGUUGCCACGAAGGAUGCCGACCUGGUUGUGAACGGAGAAGCCCUCGACGCCCUGUUUGAUGUUUUUGCGGAUGGAGACGAGGCGGAGACAGCUGCUAAAAACAUCCAGCUACUACCUGCACUGAAGGCACUUCAACCUGUCUUUAAGGCCAAGAUCCGUAAAGAAGGACGAGGCAGGUACAACCCCCAGCAGCUGUGUGUGCUUGACAACAUCAGAGUCAACCUGAGAAGAUUCAUUGGUUACCUGGAGAAGGUGGUGAAAAAGUGAUGACUUUCAGUGCUUCACAUUGUGAUCAGCUGAACCUGUAUGGUUUGGACAGAUAUGCCAACAGGAGCAUAGAAAGGAACAGAAUGUGGUUGUGAAACCAUCAAGUAUUUAUUAUUUAAACCAUUUGGUUUUGCUUGGUUUCAUUGUUAAUAUUCUUUGAAUACUGAGUUACUAUUUUUGCUGAGUGAUGUCAAAGUUUAUUGGUGGGAUGAAAGACAUGGAGAAAUCUAAUAUUAGUUAUUAGCUACUGCCAGUUGCAGUAAAGAGAGGUUUUUACUUUUGCUCCCUCAGUUGAUAUGUGUCAUUCAACCCAAAGUGGUUGUCAGACUUAAAUUUGUGUAUUUUCACGUCCUCCAGUAUCACUUUUAUUUUAUCAGGUCUGUAGCGCUGACACCAGGUCACAUGUGCACCCUUAACUUUGCCCCAUGUUUCAGUGGGCCAAAAAUUACGUUUGCAGAUCUGCAAGGUUUAGGAAGGACAGCUACUACAAAUUACAGGCUUGUAGCAUCAAACUUAAUGAAAAAGAGAAGAGUUUGUGUUUUGGGUAUCAUGUGAUAGAAUCAUAAUUUUGUUGGUACUUCUACAGAGAAAUAAAUUACUGUGUUAUUUCAGUAACUUGCUAAACUGAAAGGGUUUGACACACUGCCAAGGUUGUGACAACAUUGAUAACUAUAAGAAAUAUGCACAUAUUCUCUACCUCUGCCUCUCUGUGCUCCAUCUACUUCUCACUUCUGAGCAUUAGUUGCACACAGUUGUAAACUUUUCUGUGUGCGAGUCACCGUGGUUGCCAACUCUGCUGAAGCAUUCUUGUCAGUAACAUUGUAAUGUCAUUGGCCAGAUUGCAACAAGAUUGGGUGUCACAAAACACCAAAUGAUCAGUCAGCAUCCAAAAUUGCUGCUACAACUAACAAUCCUUUUCUACAACCAUGCAGGUUUGAAAUGUAUAAAUCCAGGAUGGUGCCACCUCUUUUGCACCUGAUCCACAAUUCAUCAUGCUUUGAGUAAGAGACAAAGCCAGCUCAUUAGCUUUCAUUAAUGCAGUAAAUGGUAAAGACUGACUGGUGACUAGCACCCACAGAUGGCAUUUACCGAAACAAACUCUGUGAUGGUUCUCAUGUUGUAAGGGUCAGACAGAGCUUCCCUGGGUUCCCACAACUUUCCAGGGAAAUGUAAAUACAAUUGCAUAUCAUCAGGUAAAAAAGACAAUUUCAAAGAUAAAUUUGAGGGAGGAUAUGUCAUCAGGCUAUGAAUAUAUGACUUUUUUUUUAAUAAAUCUUGAUUUCUUAAGCAGU